AUGGCUAAACACACCAAGAAGGUUGGAAUCACAGGUAAAUACAGGACCUGUUACGUCGCCUCCCUCAGAAAAAUGAUGAAGAAAAUUGAAAUCAGCCAGCAUGCCAAACACACUUGCCCCUUCUGUUGCAAAACCAAGAUGAAGAGACGAGCUGUGGGGAUCUGGCACUGUGCUUCCUGCAUGAAAACAGUAGCUGGUGGUGCCUGGACCUACAGCACUGCCCUCACAGUAAAGUCUGCCAUCAGGAGACUGAAGGGAUUGAAAGACUAA